AUGUUCACACUCCAUUUCUCCGUUUCUGUUCCUUUUCCCAUAUUUGACGACCAAUUUGUUUUUGUGACUGGAUCGCAUGAAAGCCUUGGAUCUUGGAAUACUCAUAGAGCUUUACGUUUGGAGAAAGACGAUGAAAAUCAUUGGACUGGAAUAACAAAUUUGAGCGUGGAUACAGUCAAAUUCCGGUAUUUUAUUGGCAAUUAUCUUCAGUCGGAUGCAACAAAGGACCCAGUACUGGUUAUUUCUAAAUGGGAAGCGCAUUUUACACCUCGGUGUGUAAUGCCACCAGUUGAAGCAAGCAAAAGUGGCGUUUGCCGUGCCAAUUUACGCGAUGUUUUUGGGUACAAUUCGGGGAGUGAACAGAUUAGUGACAGCUUUGUUUUGGGUGAUGAUGUACAUCAUAUUGCUUUAACUGUUUCUGGUGCUGCUCUAAAAUUUUACAAGAAAAAGCAUGAGCAACAAAAUUAUCGGGUCAAAAUUGUGCCUUUUGACCUCAGGAAUAAAUUUGACAUGACCAACCUCGACGACGAUGAAGAACUCAAUGCUGAAGAUGAAACUCCGUUGCCGUCAUUGCCUAGCCAUUCCUGCACAGAGAUUGCCAGUGACGAGGGUGAACGAGAGGAAAAGCACGAUGUUUCAUCACGUAUUAAGGCAUUGACACAAGCCUGCCCAAAAUUUAAAGCUCAGCAAGAGUUUGGCGAACUUUUUCAAAAUUCUAUCGACUACCACACUUUUCGCACUUACUCUGUUGCUGUCGAAUUUUUGAGUUUUCGUAUCGAAGUUUACUCCAACCAGAACAAUGAUUUGAUAGCUCAGGGUUAUGCUUUGCCUUCCUCCCUUCAUGAUACUUAUGGGAAGACUUCCGUUCCUUUGCUCACAAAACGAGGAGUGCCUACGGGGAAGAUUUACUUCAGUUAUCUGUUUAUUCGGCCUAUCCGUCUACCACAUCCGCGCCCAAUCAUGCACAAUUGCUAUGCCAAAUAUUGGAAGAAACGAGUAACCUUGGAAGUUGGACAUAGAGGAAUGGGCGAAUCCUAUACAAAGUUCGCCGUCGCCCGCGAAAACACACUUCAUUCGCUCAAUUCAGCAGCCAAAAGGGGUGCAGAUUUUGUAGAAUUUGAUGUUCAUUUAACCAAAGAUUUAAUCCCUAUUGUAUAUCACGAUUUCCACGUAAUGGUUUCCGUCGCCAAAAAACGAACAAAUACAGAAAGCAGCAAUAGUAGUAGUAUAGAUUCUGAUGGGAGAAUUAAAAGCAAUAAUGGGUCUGUAUCUCCCCCUAAUUCAACAACUACAACGAAUUCACCAUCUGUGGAUUUUUAUCAAUUGGCAGUUAAGGAUUUAAAUUUGAAUCAGUUGAGACUGUUACAUCUUGAUCAUGUUAAACAUAAAGAGUCGAGCAAUGUUGACCAAGCAAUAAAUGGUGCUUCAACCCAAAAAUAUAGUUCUCACCAUGUUACGGGUGAACAUGACGAAGCCGAGGAACACAGGCCUUUUCCAACAUUGUUGGAGGCGUUAAAGAAUGUUUCACAUGAUGUUGGGUUUAAUAUUGAGAUAAAAUACCCCCAAUUAAUUGUUUCGGGAGAAAAUGAAGUAGAAGGUGGAUAUAUUGAACGCAACGAAUUUCUGGACAUUAUCCUCUCUGAAAUUUUAAACAAUGCGGACAAUAAUAGACAUAUAGUUUUUUCUUCGUUUGAUGCUGAUAUGUGCAAAAUGAUUUCUGAAAAGCAAAAGAAAUAUCCAGUGCUAUUUUUAUGCCUUGGCAAGCAAACACGUUACCCAGAUUAUGAAGAUGAAAGGACACGUUCAUCCCUGACCGCUGUGAAGUUUACUUAUUCUUGUGGGCUUAUGGGCGUCAAUUUCCACAGCGAAGAUCUUCUACUCGACCCAACACCAGUUUCUAAAGCUAAAGAACUCGGCCUAAUCUCCUUCGUUUGGGGAGAUGAGUUGGUUGAGAGGAAAUAUUUGGACUAUUUUAAAUACAAAGUUGGGGUUGAAGGAAUUAUUUAUGAUCGUAUUGGAGAAGGAGAAUCAAGAAAAAACGUUUUUACGUUAGAAAAGGCAAUGAGAGCCCAACUUUUCUCUUCCAAAAAAUCUUCCUUUGGAAAGAAGAGUUCUUCCCCUCCAAGAUGUUUUUCACACAACCAAUUGAACAGCCAAGCAAUUUCUUCUUUUGGUCCGGGAAAUAGAACGAGAGGGAUGAGUGCUUCUGUUUGGUCAAAUGAAUUUGUUGAUCAGAAUUUCGGCCGUAGCAGCAUCGAUGGAAGCCCUGCAAUGUUUUCUAUAGGCGAAACAGACAUCGAACAACAACAACAAAUCCAACAACAAGACCCCCAGCAACACUUUCCAAUUAUUCGUCGUCACAAUUCUUCCCAAGCCCAAGGAACUUUCGGUUUUUUGCCAGUCCUUCCCGAAGCUUUAUUGAAAACACAAACAAAUGGAGGCAAUAUAAACAACAAUUCUAGUAUAAGCAGCAAUAACAGCAGUACAACAAUAAGUAGUGAAUCAAACGAGACAUUUAAUAAUAAUGAUAUUGAAAUGGUUACAAUGAAUAAUAGUGCGAAUAAUAAAAGAUUUGUGGCUGCUAGUGAAAUUUGA